CUAAUGCUUUGGAGCAUGUAAUGUGCUUCAGUUGUUGAUCUAGUAUUCCUGCUUCGCAAGGUAUGUCUAAAUUUUCUUUUUCUUCAUGUUCAGGGAGGAUGAAAUUGAGGACAUUCAGAAGGAAAUUUCGGUUUUGUCACAAUGUCGUUCUCCAUAUAUCACUGAAUAUUAUGGUUCCUAUCUCAACCAAACUAAACUAUGGAUAAUUAUGGAAUACAUGGCUGGUGGCUCUGUUGCUGACUUACUCCAAUCAGGUCCUCCACUGGAUGAGAUGUCAAUUGCUUGCAUUUCACGUGAUUUGCUGCAUGCAAUUGAGUACUUGCAUAAUGAAGGGAAAAUUCACAGAGAUAUCAAAGCGGCAAACAUUUUGCUAACGGAGAAUGGUGAUGUUAAGGUUGCAGAUUUUGGGGUUUCUGCACAAUUAACAAGGACAAUAUCAAGGAGGAAGACAUUUGUAGGAACACCAUUCUGGAUGGCACCAGAAGUGAUUCAAAAUUCAGAAGGUUAUGAUCAAAAGGCAGAUAUUUGGUCUUUAGGAAUAACUGUGAUUGAGAUGGCAAAAGGAGAACCGCCACUAGCAGACCUUCACCCUAUGAGGGUGCUCUUUAUCAUUCCUCGAGAAAAUCCACCACAGUUGGAUGAACAUUUUUCUCGCCCUAUGAAAGAAUUUGUUUCAUUGUGUUUGAAGAAAGCACCUGCUGAGAGACCAAAUGCCAAGGAACUUCUGAGGCAUCGUUUUAUUAGGAACGCCAGGAAGAGUCCAAGGCUUCAAGAGAGAAUAAGAGAACGGCCAAAAUACCAACUGAAGGAAGAUGCAGGAACUCCUAGAAAUGGUCCAAAAGCUCUUGGAGAGGCAUCGGGUACUGUGAAGGUCACAAGAGAUGUGAGAGGGGAAGAACUUACUGGAACUAGUCAGGGGAAAUCUUUUAAAAAUGCUGGCUGGGACUUUAGCCUUGGUGGCUCAGGGAGUACCGGAACUAGUCAAAGUGCUUCAAGACCUCCUCAAAUCAGGGAAAAGAAACUGGAAGUUUCUUCUGCUCAGGUUACGCAAAGAAGAUCUCAAGAAUAUGGUAACCAACUGUCACCUUCAUCUGGAAAUGCAAUUAAUGAGUUCUCUGAGGUUUCUUCUGCAAAAGGAGAUUCCUAUCUUGAUCAACAUCAGGAUGGUUUAUAUGAAGAUGAUGAGUUGUCUGUGAGUGGAUCAGGAACUGUUGUUGUAAGAUCUCCUAGAGGAUCUCAGUCAUUUGCUCCAUUUCGUGAUCAAAGCUCUUCGUCUGGCUGCCUGUAUGCUUCUUUUGAAGAUACUUCUACUAGUGGGACUGUUGUUUUCCGUGGUCAACAUGAUGAUUCUGAUUCACCUCGGACUCCAAAAUCCAGACUAGGAAAACAAGAGAGAACUUCAGAUGCUUCACUUGAAGACAGUGCAGCAAACCUUGCAGAGGCAAAGGCUGUAAUUCAAGCAGGUUUGAGGAAAGGAAACGCCAGAGAGAGGUCUGGAUUUGGUAGGAUGAAUAAUGACGGGAAGGAUAACAGAAGAAGAGAACCAAUGACUGAUAGUUCUGAUUCGUCCAGGUAG